CCCCCCGGUCAGUGUGGACUUCUUCUCCCCCCCCUCCCCUACUCGCUCCACCGCAUCCAAAGUGCGCCAUGGUGACUUUACGCGCAGGAUUGGGCGUCUUUGGCUUCUUGUGAUUCAAAGUUGCAGCACGAGAGUCUCAUCGCAAAGCGUGCAGGUGAUGUUCAGGACUUUUCAAGUCAUCCGCAAGUGAGAAGAGGGUGUGUCGGAGUUGUUCAAGUCUCUUAAUUGUAAUGAUGGCUUCCAUGCGAGCAUCGCCUCCCUUUCACGCGCCGCCCGAGGAAGAGGCGCCGCUCGGCCGCCGCAACAACAACAGCGCGGCCUGGCUCGACGACCACGACCCCAAGGAGACCCCGUCGCCCUCCCCGCCCGAGCGGCCCCACCCCGACGAACUCCAGCCAGUCAGAGAGAAGCGAGCGGACGACGACUCGUGGGACAACGUUACGUCGGCUACGAUGGACACGGAGAGCACAAAUAAAGGCUCCUCCGUCGUUUACUCGUACCGGGCCAACUCCACCUCGCCGCCCAAGCCCGAGGAGUGCUCCCAGGAUCGUGGCGAGCUGACGGCAACGGGCGCGGGCUUGGCCCUGGGCACGCCGGAACGCCGUAAGGGGAGCCUGGCGGACGUGGUUGACACGCUGAAGCAGAAGAAGCUGGUGGAGAUGACUAAGACGGAACAAGACGAGCUCACUGCGCUGGUGUGUGCUGUCUUUUCAGAGCCACUGUGCAUGGAGAGUCUCCUCUCCAAAGACUGGAAGGAGCGCGUGGACCGCUUCAACGCCACCGAGCUGCUGGGCGACGUCAAAGGAACGGCCGAGUCUCUGGAGGAGAAGGAGCGUCAACUGUCGGCCAUGAUCGACCAGCUGAUCAGCCUGAGAGAGCAGCUCCUCUGCGCCCACGACGAGCAGAAGAAGAUGGCCUCCUCGCAGUUGGAAAAGCAGCGGCAGCAGAUGGAGCUCGCCCGGCAGCAGCAGGAACAGAUUGCCAGACAACAGCAGCAGCUCCUGCAGCAACAACACAAGAUCAACAUUCUCCAACAGCAGAUUCAGGUCCAAGGUCACAUGCCGCCCCUCAUGAUCCCUGUGUUCCCUCACGACCAGAGAUCUUUGGCGGCCGCAGCAGCCGCCGCUCAGCAGGGCUUUCUCUUCCCACCGGGCAUGUCCUACAAGCCAGGUGACAACUACCCCAUGCAGUUCAUUCCUUCGACAAUGACGGCGGCCGCGGCGGCCGGGCUCAGUCCACUUCAGCUACAGCUGUACGCCGCUCAGCUGGCAAGUAUGCAGAUCUCACCGGGGGCCAAGAUGGCGCCCGCCCCGCCGGUGGGGCCCAACGCAUCCGGCCCGCUGUCGCCCACCGCCCUCAAGAGCGAGAAGCGAGCGUCCAGUCCCCUCGUGCAGGUCAAGUUGGAGGAAGGCUCCACGCAGCCGCUCAACCUCUCGGCCCGGCCCAAGACGUCGCCAACGUCGCCGACCGCGCAAAUGCUGUUUUCCGGCACCAAGAGCAGCCCCACAGGCGCCCCCAAGGCCCGCAUCCCCAGCCCGGUUCCCACCAUGAGCCGCAACGCCUCCCUGGACAUCCUUUCCAGCCUGAACUCCACGGCUCUUUUCGGGGACCAGGACGCCGUGAUGAAGGCCAUCCAGGAGGCCCGGAGCAUGAGGGAGCAGAUCCAGAGGGAGCAGGGACACCACCAGCAGGGACGACCUCCUCCUCCUCCUCCACCACCACCACCGCCUCCUCAUCAUCUUCAUCAUCAUCAUCAUCAUCAUGCUGCACCUCCCGGACACCAAAGUCUGGAGGCCAAACUAUCGGCGUUGAGCGGCAUGAGCCUUAACAAUGGCAACAAGGAGCGUCUGCACUACGAAACGCUGAGCCACCACCUGGGCAAGCUCGGGGAGGAUGCUGGGAAGAUGGUGCAUCGAGUCAUCGACCUGACCAGGCCGGAGGAUCUGGACGGAAGCAACAUCGCGGAGGCUCGCGUGUUCCGGGAAGCACGUGGCAGGAGCAACACCGAGCCGCAUAUCAAGAGGCCCAUGAACGCCUUCAUGGUUUGGGCCAAGGACGAGCGCAGGAAGAUCUUACAGACCUUCCCGGACAUGCACAACUCCAACAUCAGCAAAAUUCUAGGUUCCCGCUGGAAAGCGAUGACCAAUCAGGAGAAGCAGCCGUACUACGAGGAGCAAGCGCGCCUCAGCAAGAUCCAUCUGGAGAAAUAUCCCAACUACAAGUACAAGCCGCGACCCAAGCGGACCUGCAUCAUCGACGGCAAGAAGCUGCGCAUCGGCGAGUACAAGCAGAUGAUGCGCUCGCGCCGUCAGGAGAUGAGGCAGUUCUUUGUCGGGCCUCAGGCUCCGCAUCCCCUGGGCAACAACGAGGGCGGCAUGGAUGUCUACCCGGGCACCAUCACCACGGCGACGGCCACCACCCCCUCACCCCACCUGACCUCGGACUGCUCCAGCAACUCGGCCAGCCCCGAACCGGCCGCGCCCGUCAUCCAAAGCGGGUAUGACAUGGUCAAGGCCGAGCCGGCCGACGACGACACGGACAUGUACGACGACUUCGAGGACGAGCCCAAAUCGGACUACAGCAGCGAGCAGGAGACGCGGCAGGACAUCAGCGCCAACUGAGCGCGCUCGCAAAAUACGUUCAAAUGACUUUUUUGAGGACAACCUUAACGACAAGGGGUCGGAAGCUGCGACAACUCCGGCAUCACGUGACCGCAUUGUUUUGUAUUGUUUUGUUUUGUUGCAACCAGCAUGCAUGGUCUCUUCAGCAGCUAUUUGGUCUUAAGUGUUUUAAAAGGAGUGAGCUCGUUUCAUUUUUUAUUUGCAUUUUUCGAUGAUCUUGCUGUUUUUAUUACUUUUUUGUGUUUUAUUUUGAUUGGAUUUUCGCCGGACGGGCCGCCCGUUGGGUGCCUGUACAAAAACUCUGGACUGGCACACCUUGAUAUUUGAGAAGAUUUAAUAUUAAAAAAAAAAAAAAAAAGAACAAAAAAAGAAUCUUAGCUCUUGUAAUCUUACAGUCUUACAUUCAUGUCUCAAACAAACACAGCACAUCAAAUUUAUUGUUGUUAUUAUUAUUAUUAAUAUUAUUAUACUUACAUGAUAUGAUAUGAUAUGAUAUGAUAUAUCCCAGCUCAGGUAUGAUGUGCCAGCUUGUGAAUGUGUUUUGUUUUUGUACGAUGAGAGAUGUCAAUUGUUAUAACUGUCAAUCAAUUCCCAUAUGACAUAAUAUUACUUCUUAUCGUUAUUGCUACAGAUUUUACACAAAAUGUGCCAAACCUACGUUCACAUUCACUCGGUAUUGUGUAGUCUUAACUUCCACAAAUGCUGCAAAAAAAGUCUUACAGGUUUAAGCUUCUCGGCACCGAUUCGGUGAACCACAUUGCCCGGAAUUCCUUGAGGCCAAACGCCAUCUUGUUAGCUCUUACAACAGUAACAAUUCAUUCAGCGUGAUGGCGCUACUGUAAGAUGAGAAAGUUUCUCAUCACUGUAUUUCUAAUUGUUUUCCAUUGGUACGAAAAAUGUAUUAUUUUGCCUGGUGGACAUCUCUAACUGUCUCAGCCUAGGGUAUGUGACUUACACCAAACUUGUGUUCUAAAAAAACGAUAUAUUACGUAGUACCGGUCUUUUUUUUUUUUUUUACCUAGCAUGUAUAGUUGGAAAUAAUUUAUUAAGGAAAACAAUUGAGGGAAAAACUGUGCUGUUUUUAUUUGAACACUGUCCAUGGUCUUAGCUGCUAUUUAGAAAAAAACCCAAAAAAAUUUUUUUUUUUUUUUUUUUUUUUGCAGCUUUACUGUUUAAAAACAAAUUCAGCCCUUAGUCUUAACUGUAAGGCCAUUUUCGCCAAUCAGAAGCUCAAAGGAAGUAAUUUUCAGGAAAAGACACCAUAUCAAUGAUGACAUUGACAGCAUACAUGUUAAUACUGGGUUGUUGUUUUUUAAAUCCUGACUGUAGUGUCCCAAACAAAUCUCUUUUCAAAUUAACAGCAAUUCAAAUUUAAAUAAGAGGUAAAGCCCUUAGUCCUCACUGCUAAGCAGAAGCCUGAAGAAAGUCACAAUUACAACAAUGGUAAUGACAGUUAACUGUAGUGUCUGAAAAAUAAUUUUCCCCCCCAAAAAAUCUAGACACAAUAACAACAAUGGCCAGGACAGUCAAGGGGACUUCCGUUUAAAUUUCACACAUGCAAUUCCCUCUCCUUAUAACAGUCAGGGCCUUUUAGCCAAUCAAAAACUGUAAAUCAUUUUGUGGAAAGACAAUAACAACAAUUUGAAGUGUAAAAUUAAAGAAAAAUAACUGUGAAUGCAUGUAUUAAAAAAAAAUACAUUUUCCCCAUUUAAAAAAGUGUUUAAAAAAGUUCUUUAAACACUUAACGUAACUGUAGUCAGAAAACGAGAAACAUAACAACAAAAAUAAAUGAAGGAAAAGGUAAAAUAAUGGAUUGAUAGUGAAGUGGACUAAUUUUGACCAUGAUACCUAAGUAGAAGAGGAUUUUUUGUGGUUUUGUUUUCCUGUCAUUUUGGAAAUGAUAAAAUAGUUUACAGUAGACAAAAGGCCAAGAAUUCAUCGUAAAUAUAAAUAUUUAUAUUAAUCUACAUAGAUGCAGUGUUUGACAUGGACAUGGUCUCAGUAAAGCACCCCGAUUUGAGCACUCGUUAUUUUCCCUCUUCUGGUGUCAUGCUGGUUUUAUUUUAUUUUUGGCAUUUUGAACAUCUUUCCACUUUCUACACUCAUUACCUCUGUUUUUG